GAGGCAAGCGAGUAGAGGGCCCCUGGAGGGAGCCGCGGAGGUUCAGGUCCCGGAGGCCGGGCUACGCCGAGCCCUGCGCGUGAACAGCUGCGGCGGGGGCAGCCUCCAGCGGCGGUGCCAGCAUCCGGUGGCGGUGCCAGCAGUUCCAGCCCGUUGCUUUACUUUUUAGCUGCACCAACGUAGUCAUUAUGCCGAAGAGAAAGUCUCCAGAGAAUCCAGAGGGCAAGGAUGGAUCCAAAGUAACUAAACAGGAGCCCACCAGACGGUCUGCCAGGUUGUCAGCGAAACCUGCUCCCCCAAAACCUGAACCUAAACCAAGAAAAACAUCUGCUAAGAAAGAACUGGCAACAAAGGUUAACAAAGGUGCGAAAGGGAAGAAGGAGGAAAAGCAAGAAGCUGGAAAGGAAGGUACUGCACCAUCUGAAAAUGGUGACGCUAAAGCUGAAGAGAUCCACAUCUCUCGCUCAACUGUUAAUGUCUCAGCCUCCAGAGGUACCCCACCCAGCACACUGUCAGUAAAGGGGCAGAUUGAAACAGUGAGAGUUAAGGGCACAGAAAACUGAAUCUGUAAACGAGGGAGAAUGAAUUGUCAUGAAAAUUGGGGUUGAUUUUAUGUACCUCUUGGGACAACUUUUAAAAGCUAUUUUUACCGAGUAUUUUGUAAAUGCUAAUUUUUUAGGACUCUGCUGGUUGGCAUACAAAAAUAUAUAAGGAUGGACAUUUUACCUUCUCAUAGUCAUGCUUUUUGGAAAUUCCCGUCAUCCUUGAGUAAAAUAAAUACCAAUUUAAUAUUGGAAGCUGUCUGUAAAAUUGAUUCAGCAUUCCAUGCACUUGCUUUAAAAAUUUAGUCCUGUGCAUACUGUGGUGUUUUUACUGUGCGUAUUUGAAUUUUUUCAUGCAGUUUUUCUAGAGCAAUAAUCAGUGGUGCUUUUGUAUCUAGGUUUUAUGUGAUUUUAAUGAAACAUGCAUAGUUGUGGCCACCUGCUGACUAUUUGUGGUUUAAAAUAAAGGGUUUUCCUGCCUGCAAAA